UUCCUGAUGCCUCAUGUUUGUGCAGCUCUAGUUUUUUGAAUGCAGGCAUUAAAAAUCUUUUGAUGUUCACACCACUAACUGUAUGCAGCAGGAUAAUGAAUGGAAUCCGACUUAUGUAAACAUAGGCAGGUAUAGAACCAACUAAUUUGUUGUUAAGACCCAGUAUCUUCUAACAGUUGAAAGAGAUUGCGCGAUAUUCAAGACCAAUGUCAGCACUGCUUCGGUCUUCCUGUGCUCACAGUCUCAGAUCUGUGGAUGGACUUAAACACAGCAAGGCUUGGAAAUUAUGCAACACAAGUUUGCUCCGGUGGGGUCGGUCCCUCCAUGUAGACAGUCCUCCUCGCAAACCCUCACUGACCAGCAGCUAUGUCCAUGGCACCUCCUCCAUGUCUCUGCUCCCCCUGACUGUAGGUCAGAGUCUGGACUCCAUAGUCCAGCGCUGGCCUGACCGUGAAGCUGUGGUCUUCCUGCAGGACGGCAUCCGGAAAACCUUUGUGCAGUUUCAGCAAGAUGUUGACAAGGCAGCUGCAGGUCUGCUUGCUUUGGGCCUGAAGCGAGGCGACAGGCUGGGAGUUUGGGGACCCAACAUGUAUGAGUGGAUCCUUUUCCAGUUUGCUUCAGCCAAAGCAGGAAUUAUACUGGUGUCAUUGAACACGGCCUAUCAGGUGAAGGAAGUGGAGUUUACUCUAAAAAAGGUCCAGUGUAAAGCUGUGGUCUGCCCUACACGCUUUAAAACCCAAAACUUCUGUGAGAUGCUGAGGGAGCUCUGCCCAGAGCUCGACAGGACGCCAGUAGGCAUGAUCAAAAGCUCCAGGUUGCCAGACUUGCGUAUGGUGAUAGUGACAGAUAGCAGACAGCCAGGGAUGCUCCACGUAGAGGAUGUGAUGCAAGCAGGGGAGAGUCAGCACCACAAAGAGCUGAUGAUGGAUCUGCAGAGCAAACUGUCCUUCGAUGAGCCCAUCAACAUUCAGUUCACAUCAGGGACGACAGGAAGUCCAAAGGGAGCCAGUCUUUCCCACCACAAUAUUGUAAACAAUGCUUACUUUAUUGGUCUCCGAAUAGGUUUUGGACGGAGACCUCAGGUGCGAGUGUGUAUGCCCGUUCCCAUGUACCACUGCUUUGGCUCUGUGUUGGGAGGGAUGAGUAUGGCAUUGCAUGGUAUCACACUGGUCUUCCCUUCCUCUGGCUACAACAGCCGAGCCAACCUGGAGGCCAUUCAGAGUGAAAAGUGCAAUUUCAUCUAUGGCACUCCUACAAUGUUCACUGACAUGCUUAGCCAACAGGAUUUACACAAGUAUGAUUUAUCAUCAAUUGAAGCUGGCAUCAUGGCAGGUUCACCGUGCCCUCCUGAGAUUGUGAGAAAAAUGAUAACAGACAUGAACAUGAAAGAGCUAAUGAUCGCUUAUGGAUCCACUGAGAACAGCCCCAUCACAUUUCUGGGAUUCCCACAAGACAAUGAAGAGCUGAAGAUAAAUACUGUUGGAUGUAUCAUGAGCCACACUGAGGCUAAAGUGGUGGACCCUACUACUGGGGAGAUUGUCCCUCUGGGGGCCUCAGGAGAGCUGAUGAUCAGAGGCAGCUGUGUGAUGCACGGAUACUGGGACGAUCCUGAGAAAACCAGAGAGGUUAUCUCCCAAGACCGCUGGUACAGGACUGGUGACACGGCCAGUCUGAACAGUUUGGGAUACUGCCGCAUUGAAGGACGCAUAAAGGACAUGAUCAUCCGAGGAGGGGAGAACAUCUACCCUGCUGAGAUAGAGCAAUUUCUCUAUACACAUCCUAAAGUCCAGGAGGUACAGGUGGUUGGAGUGAAGGAUGAGAGGCUGGGCGAGCAGGUGUGUGCCUGCAUCAGGCUGAGGGAGGGCCAGACCUCCACUGCAGAGGAGAUAAGAGCAUUCUGCAAAGGCCAGAUAUCUCACUUCAAGAUCCCACACUAUGUGAUCUUUGUCGACAGCUACCCUCUGACAGUCUCUGGAAAGAUCAAGAAGAACAUAUUAAAGGAGGAAAUGGAGAAGAUAUUAGGUCUUUAGUUUUGUGAACCCUGACGGACUGCGUUUGAGUGCAUCAGCUGGGAAAGUCAGAAACUGAGCGGUGCAGAAUUAAUGCUUUGACCGAGAG